ACCAGCAGGCGUGCGGCAGCAUGGAGGGUAUGGCUGCAGAGGCCCCUCUGGGCUGAGUCAAGCUACAGGGUCUCAGGGCCUGGAUGGAGUGGAAAUUGAAGGAGCUGAGGAGACUCAGAGGAGGGGAUGGAAAAGCCAACCAUCGGAAGGAAAACAACAGGGACCUUAGAAAGGGGAACUGGGGCCAGCGGGGUACCUGCGACUGGCUAGCGUGGCCCAGCUGACCCAGGAGCUGGGCACUGCCUUCUUCCAGAGGCAGCAGCUGCCAGCUGCAAUGGCAGACACCUUCCUGGAACACCUCUGCCUGCUGGACAUCGACUCGGAGCCUGUGGCUGCCCGCAGUACCAGCAUCAUUGCCACCAUCGGGCCGGCAUCUCGCUCUGUAGAGCGCCUCAAGGAGAUGAUCAAGGCCGGGAUGAACAUUGCUCGACUCAACUUCUCCCAUGGCUCACAUGAGUACCACGCUGAGUCCAUCGCCAACAUCCGAGAGGCGGUGGAGAGCUUUGCAGCUUCCCCACUAAGCUACCGACCGGUGGCCAUCGCUCUGGAUACCAAAGGACCAGAGAUUCGCACUGGGAUCCUGCAGGGGGGCCCAGAGUCGGAAGUGGAGCUAGUGAAGGGCUCCCAGGUGCUGGUGACCGUGGACCCGGCGUUCCAGACGCGGGGAGACGCGAACACCGUGUGGGUGGACUACCCCAACAUCGUCAGGGUCGUGCCGGUGGGGGGCCGCAUCUACAUUGACGACGGGCUCAUCUCCCUAGUGGUCAAGAAAAUCGGGCCAGAGGCGCUGGAGACCGAGGUGGAGAAUGGCGGUGUCCUGGGCAGCCGGAAGGGCGUGAACCUGCCGGGCGCCCAGGUGGACUUGCCCGGGCUGUCCGAGCAAGACAUCCGGGAUCUGCGCUUUGGGGUGGAGCAUGGGGUAGACAUCGUCUUUGCCUCCUUUGUGCGGAAACCCAGCGAUGUGGCUGCAGUCCGGGCUGCUCUGGGGCCAGAAGGACAGGCCAUCAAGAUCAUCAGCAAAAUCGAGAACCACGAAGGCGUGAAGAAGUUUGAUGAAAUCCUGGAGGUGAGCGACGGCAUCAUGGUGGCACGGGGUGAUCUGGGCAUCGAGAUCCCAGCUGAGAAGGUUUUCCUAGCUCAGAAGAUGAUGAUUGGACGUUGCAACUUGGCGGGCAAGCCAGUUGUCUGUGCCACACAGAUGCUGGAGAGCAUGAUUAGUAAGCCCCGGCCAACACGGGCAGAGACGAGCGACGUGGCCAACGCCGUGCUGGAUGGUGCAGACUGCAUCAUGCUGUCGGGGGAAACUGCCAAGGGCAAAUUUCCUGUGGAGGCCGUAGUGAUGCAGCACGCGAUUGCCCGGGAGGCAGAGGCCGCAGUGUACCACCGGCAGCUGUUUGAGGAGCUGCGCCGGGCAGCGCCACUGAGCCGUGAUCCCACCGAAGUCACUGCCAUCGGCGCUGUGGAGGCUUCCUUCAAGUGCUGCGCUGCUGCCAUCAUCGUGCUGACCAAGACCGGCCGCUCAGCUCAGCUUCUGUCUCGGUACCGACCUCGGGCAGCAGUCAUUGCUGUCACCCGCUCUGCCCAGGCUGCCCGCCAGGCCCACCUGUGCCGAGGAGUCUUCCCCUUGCUCUACCGUGAACCUCCACAGGCCGUCUGGGCAGAUGAUGUGGAUCGCCGGGUUCAAUUUGGCAUUGAAAGUGGAAAGCUUCGUGGCUUCCUCCAUGCCGGAGACCUGGUGAUUGUGGUGACAGGCUGGCGACCUGGCUCUGGCUAUACCAACAUCAUGCGAGUGCUGAGCAUAUCCUGAGAUGCCCCUCCCCCUCUGGCACAGCCAGCUCUGGACCCCAUCCCUCCUCCCCAUUCCCUCUGCUCCACGCCCUUCAUUUGUCUUCUCUACUCCCAGUCGUCCCCACCUGAGGCCACAUCUGCCAUCUAGCCACAUUCCAGGGUGCCCCUUCCUCCUCUCCACGCAGACCCUCAAAGUCUAUCCAGUUGAGCACUGGCCAUCUGGCAGCACCAAUGGUAUAAUUGGUGCCUGCACCCAGUGCUCUCAGCUGGACCCUAAAAUGCUCUGAGCCUUUAAUCCCAGCUUAACUGGUUAAUUCUAUUUCCCCAGGCUUCCCACACCUGGGGAUGGGGGAGAGAAGAACAGGGAAAUCAUGUCCAGUCUCCACAAAACCACUAUUUGAGAAAUAUUGCAUAUCCGUACAGUCUGAUGUUCUCCUCUGUGGCCUUUGUGAUAAUCUGAUUAUCUCCCAAGGAGAGUGCCACCUCUUCCUUCAUUAUAAGUAAUGUGACAUCAAUGCAUUACCCUUUGGGGGAAGACAGGGUAGAUGGACAGCGGGGAGCACAUCUUGUCGCUGUCGUCACAGCUUCUGCCGGGGUCGCAGACCGCUCCGGCUGCUCUCAGGGCCAUCUCGUGCCUUGCGGGGUGAGUGGCCUCCUCCCCACCCAGAAACUCCUUCUUUGUUCCCAUACACAGACCAGGAGCCAAAAUGAGUGUCUCUAUUUUCUUUUUAAACCCAGCUAUUUGGAAGCAAUUAUAAAACUUCUCCCACAUACCUAAUAUUCCAGAACUCCCCACCCAGAAGAAAAUGAGAUUUGGGGUCCUGGCCCCUCAUUCUUAGAGGCUGUAGAGUAGGCAUGAAGACAGAGGGACGGAGGAAGGGACUUCUCUAGUCCCUGAGAAGGCAGAGGUGCUGGCUAGCCUGCCCUUUCACAGGCUCAGGUGCCUUGGGCCCUCACCUUACUCUUGCACCAACAGCAAACUCAGUAGGGGGAAAAAAAAAUCCCAAAACUAAACGGAAGAAUAUCCCCCACCUCCCCUGCCUCAGGUGGCCCUUCUGCUCCUACCUAAAUAAGAAGAAGAUUCCGGUGUUGCUGCCAAUGGAGCUGGACAAGGACCACAGGGACUGGCGUGGGGGAGAGGGUGCCCCUUCCUGGCUCCCUACUAGGAGGGGGUGGGAGGUAUAGAUAAAGAAAUGGAUGAAUAAAA